GUUUAAUACAAACAGUUCCGCAACGUAGUAAACGUUCAAGCGAAAUUAAUGCACCUCAGAAAAAGUGACCGUAGCAAACGUUGUUGGCGUGGAUGCUGAAGCUGGAGGCAAAUUAGCAAUUUGAGGAUUACGGGUUUUAACGGACAAUGUCUCUUUAGAAUAAUCUAAAAGGUUACAUUCUGCCAUACCACAGGGCAGAAGGUGAGACUGAGAAGCCAAGGAGAAUGCAGACCUCUACCUGGCCCCAAAGUGGACCGGAUCAAUCAAUCACUGGACAAUCCUCAAGUCCCCAAGUCACCAGUGGUCAGAUGAGUGCGAAUCCGAGCAGCUAUUCUCAUCAAUAUGGGCCGGUAAGACCAGCUGUGGCGUAUACACAAGGUGGUCAAUGCCUACCACACAGCAGUCAAGUAAUCGGUGGAGGUUACUGGAGUGGACAGACCCAGAAUCAACAGGCACCCACAAAAGAGCAGGACCUAAUAGCCACUAGUCCCCUUUUGACAUCACUCUUUACUAGCAAUGCGGCUGCACAAUCAACAUGUGUUACAUCACGAAGUGGAAACCAUCACACCCUGCCCGGAAGGGUUAACGAUGCAUCUCAACCCACUUUCCAGCAGGGACAUGGGUCUUUGGGUGUUAAUAAUAACAAUCCACAGAGUUUGGUAAAGGAUGGUCAGGGUGUAACCAUUCACUGCCCCUCUGAUAUUAAUGCACCACUGAAUACAAAUUGUAUUUAUCUCCAAAGCCCAGCAAGUGGCAGUCAGCAGCUGGUACUUGGCAGACAAGAGGGGGCCUCCAGUGGUACCUCUGCUGUUCUUGCAAUGGGUAGGAGUCCCAAUCAUGUCAAUCAUCAAUGGACUGUAGUGAGUGGACAAGAUUCAAGUAGGAUGGCAGUUCAAGCUCCUCAUCAGGGGUAUCCACAAACACCAAACUCUUUGCAAAGUGUACAGGAGACAAGUAGCGUGCCAUCAAAACCAUCUCCACUGUCUCCCACAGCAUAUAUACAACUGUUGUAUUUCAUUCAAAAUCAAAACAAUAACGGCAGGACUGAGAUGAACAGGGUUCAACAUGGCGCACCUGUCCAAACUGGCCCAUCAAACCAGAGUCAAAUGUAUCCCUGUCAACCUCUCACGGACAGCAACAAUCGGGUCAAUGUACCAAAUGCUACAGUGGGGCAGUCAAUGCCAAUGCAUAACAUUAGCCAGAAUCCUCAAUACAAUGUUAUGCAUAACCCUUCUCUUAAUAAUGUUCCAAGAUAUCGCCCUGCAGGCCUUACCAUCCCACCACAACAGAACAGACUUGCGUCAAAUUGUGCAAAUAUGAACAGUCAGGCAGGGGCCAUUGAAAAUAAUGCACACCAUGUCCCAUAUCCUAGGCCCCAUAUCAAAAGCAUAUCAACCCUACAUUACAAGGCAGACGGCACCUAUGUUCGGGUAUCCAACACUGGACCAUCUUCAUCUGUGCCAAACAAUAGUAUACAGUCGUCAGUCCAGCACACCCGCUCCUCCGCUCCUCCACCAUUCCCAGGCCAGCAAUCCCAUGGACCCGUGCUGAACAAGGACGGGACAUGUGGUUGGGGCAGGAGCACAUUCUCUGCAACACGCACCAAACCAAGGGUCAGCCCAUACCCUACGUAA